AGGGAGUUGUAGUUUUUUCCGUCGCUGCUCCCGGGCUGCGCCAACGGGCACCGCCUGCCCACCGAACUACACAACCCAAAGCGCCCGACUACCCCGGUGCAGCGAAGAACAAUGGCUGAAACUGAGCAGGGGAGUGCUGCCAAUGAUACCCAGAGUGACGAGACCAUAGCCGCCAGAUCCGACAGUGGCAGCAGCGAAGAGGCUUUAGACAGAUUAUUACCCCCUGUGGCUAAUACUUUGUCACCACGAAAGCGAACCACAAGCCAGUGCAAAUCUGAACCACCACUUUUAAGAACAAGCAAGCGAACAAUUUACACUGCAGGGCGGCCUCCUUGGUAUAAUGAACAUGGAACACAGUCCAAAGAAGCAUUUGUUAUUGGGUUGUGUGGUGGUAGUGCUUCAGGGAAAACUACCGUGGCCAGGAAGAUAAUAGAAGCUUUGGAUGUUCCCUGGGUCGUGCUUCUAGCUGUGGAUUCCUUUUACAAGGUCCUCAGUGAAGAGCAGCAGGAGCGAGCUGCCAACAAUGAAUAUAAUUUUGAUCAUCCUGAUGCAUUUGACUUUGAUCUCAUUGUGUCCACUCUCAGGAAACUAAAACAAGGGAAAAGUGUUAAAAUCCCUGUGUAUGAUUUUAAAUCACACAGUCGGAAGAAAGAAUGGAAAACAUUAUAUGGAGCCAGUGUGAUCAUUUUUGAAGGCAUCAUGGCAUUUGCUGAUAAAGAAUUGCUGAAGCUGUUGGACAUGAAGAUUUUUGUCGACACAGAUUCUGAUAUUCGUUUAGUACGACGCCUACGUAGAGAUAUAUCAGAGCGGGGGCGUGAUAUUGAAGGAGUCAUCAAGCAGUACAACAAGUUUGUCAAGCCAUCCUUUGCACAGUACAUUGAACCAACAAUGCGAUUGGCUGACAUAGUGGUUCCUCGAGGAGGAGGUAACAUGGUUGCUAUUGAUCUGAUAGUCCAACAUGUCCACAGUCAGCUAGAGGAGAGGAAACUGCGCUGGGAUAUGGCAACUUUAGCAUCUGCCCACCAGGCACAGCCAUUGCCAAAGACCUUGAGUGUGCUGAAAAGCACUCCGCAGGUGCAAGGGAUGCACACAUUCAUUAGAAAUAAAGACACAAGUCGAGAUGAAUUUAUAUUCUAUUCAAAGAGGUUGAUGAGAAUAUUGAUAGAGCACACACUUUCAUUGUUGCCUUUCCGGACAUGUACAGUCCAGACACUGCAAGGAGAGAACUAUGAAGGAAGAAGAUUUGAUGGUACAAGAAUAACAGGAGUAUCAAUUCUGAGAGCAGGGGAGACCAUGGAGCCAGCCUUACGAGCAGUGUGUAAAGAUGUGACAGUUGGUAAAAUCCUAAUCCAGACUAAUCACAUCACAGGGGAACCUGAGCUUCAUUACCUGAGACUGCCAAAGGAUAUCAGUGAGGAUCACGUCAUUUUAAUGGACUGUACAGUGUCCACAGGGGCUGCAGCUUUGAUGGCAAUCAGGGUGUUGCUGGAUCAUGAUGUACAAGAGGAUAAGAUCUUCCUUAUUUCCCUGUUAAUGGCAGAGAUGGGGGUACACUCAGUGGCAUACGCCUUCCCACAAGUAAAAAUUAUCACUACAGCUGUCGACAAAAAAGUCAAUGAUUUGUUCCACAUCAUCCCUGGCAUAGGUAACUUUGGCGAUCGUUACUUUGGAACUGAUGCCCCCGCGGACUGAUGUGAAGAUGAUGACUGUACAGCUUUGUGAUGCACAUUUUAACUUCUGCACUUUCAGACAUUACAGAUCGUCAUUGAUUACUGGGUGAAUUAAAUGAGCUUCACAUAGAGCCGGGGUUUUCCAUGCCCGCUGGCAUCAGGCGUGUUUGGUGUUGUGAGCGGACAAUAUGGUGCGAUCGGUUUCACAAUGGUGUGAAACCAGUUUGCGAUUGUUUGCUCAGCCCGCCAAUAGUGGGCCAUGUUU